AUGGAUGUUCCCGUUUCAAUUUCUUUGUCACACUUGCGAGGAGAGGAUUACGUGCAUAAUGAUUUGGGCGCAAUCGCCGACCCCGGAGAGCUGUUAGAACGCGGAAACGACUACAUAAUUAGAAUAACCAUGAAUGAAGAUGCUUAUCCUAUGAAGAUGCUUAUUCAACAGGGAGCCGCAAAGUGGAAAAUCCUCCGCGUCAAACCUAUGCAUCCAUAUGAUGAGGUGAGAAAAGCUUGA